UACAUGCUCCCAAUCGGUAGAGUUAUUAGACAGUAUGGAAUUAAUUUUCACUGUUAUGCUGAUGAUACCCAGCUAUAUCUGUCUAUAAAUCCAGAUGAAGCUAACCCAUUACAUAGAUUACAGGCAUGUCUUGAAGACAUAAAAACCUGGAUGACUUUUAACUUUCUACUUCUGAAUGCAGACAAAACAGAAGUUAUAGUCUUUGGACCAGAGUCUUUGAAAAAUAAUCUGAUUAGUCAGUCACUUCAUUUUGAUGGGAUUAACCUGAUUUCAGAUAAUAAAAUAAAAAAUCUUGGUGUUGUUUUUGAUCAGGACCUGUCAUUUAAAUCCCAUAUCAAAGAGGUUUCUAGAAUUUCCUUCUUUCAUCUGAGGAAUAUUGCAAAAAUGAGAAAUCUCCUGUCCAGGAUUGAUGCUGAGAAACUAGUCCAUGCAUUUGUUACUUCAAGGCUGGACAAUUGUAAUUCUUUACUAUCAGGAAGUCCACAAACUGUAGUUAAAAGCCUUCAGCUGAUCCAAAAUGCUGCAGCCAGAGUUCUGAUGAAAAUGAAAAAGAGAGAUCACAUCACUCAUAUCCUUGUUUCUCUUCAUUGGCUUCCUGUUAAAUCAAGAAUAGAAUUUAAAAUCCUCCUUCUCACAUAUAAAGCCUUAAAUGGCCAAGCUCCAUCUUAUAUUAGAGAUCUGAUUGUUCCUUAUGUUCCUAACAGAGCACUUCGCUCUCAAGCUGCAGGUUUACUAGUGGUUCCUAGAAUUUCUAAAAGUAGAAUGGGAGGCCGAUCUUUUAGUUAUCACGCUCCUCUCCUGUGGAACCAACUACCAGUUUUAGUCCGUGAGGCAGACACCCUGUCUACUUUUAAGGCUAGGCUUAAAACUUUCCUUUUUGAUAAAGCUUAUAGUUAG